UUUUUUCUUUUAGGGCAACAGCUGCCCUGCGGAAGUACACCUAUUCAACAGUCACGUGUCAUCGGAGGCCAGGAUGCCAAGCCAGGAGCUUGGCCGUGGCAGGUGCUAAGCCCUUUCUUUUUAUUAAUUUAUUCACCGCAAAUUGACUGUAUUAUUCCCUUGGCAUAACAGACAUAACAUGAAGUUAUCCUAAUUUUUACUCUCUGAACCAGCAGGAUUCAAAUAUUUUCUUUUACGCUUGCUUUUCGCUGUUUAGAUCCAACUCCAACGUUCUGGGCGCUUUAUUUGCGGGGGUUCGCUGAUAUCUUCCACCUGGGUUGUGACUGCCGCACACUGUGUAGCGGGAAGUUCGUAAGUAUUUAAUUAACUUAAUUAUAAAUUGUACUCACUAUCGGUUCUUCUCAUUGUCUUAAAUCCAACAGAUAAUUUUGGAAAUGAUUACAACGUACAGUUAGUCUGUUAUCUGCUAGUUAACCGAGGAAUCUGUACGUAGGUCGCGCGUGUAAUGCGUUCUGAUUUCCAAGAGCAAUGUCAAACUAUGUUCCUUGCAAAGAAUAUUGUUGAUUUGAAAUCAGUUAAUCAGUGAAGUUAAUCAGUUUUAAUUUUAAAAAACAUUUUUUCUGGGUAAAAAAAAAAAGAAAAAAAGAAAACAAUACAGAAUCAUAUAAACACAUGAAGGCUGGCUUACGUCAAGCACUUGCCUAUCUGGCCAUAUCUACCAACGUCUCUACCAACCUAUAUGAACCCUGUCGGAUGAACAUCAUAUGAGAGGCCAAAACCUAAUAUGCACGUCCUUUCCCCCAAUUUUUUUUUUGAUCGAUCAGUUUUAAUUCAUUUUCAUUCUUAACAAUUUUUUCACUUGCUUUAACUUAUUUCUUGCUCGCUUGUUCGCUUUCCUAAAUUGGCAACACUUAACUAUUGUCCUCUACUUUAGAAACCCUUCCAGUUAUAAAGUCGUCGUGGGAGAUCACGAUCGCAACGCAAAUGAAGGAACAGAGCAAACAAUUGGCGUUAGGAAGGUCAUGUCUCAUCCCGAUUACAAUAAACCGCGUCUAAGCAGUGACAUUGCCUUGCUUCAGCUUUCCAGCCCAGCCAAGCUGUCCGCGCGGGUGAAUCCCGUAUGUUUGCCUUCACACGAUUCCGAUGUUCCAACAGGGUCAACAUGCUACAUAACAGGUUAAGUAUUGAUCACAUCCACGCUUUAAAUUGAACCUCAGUCUACUGCUGAUAGAAGCACCCCGUGAACAGAGCCUCCUUUAGUCUUCUUGAGUGAGGAGUAGAACAGGAGGCUCUGCCUGAAUCACGUCAAACCUUUGAGGUCGCCGCAGCACAGUUUUCGGGACUAGUCAAUUUUGUUCUCUCCCGCCGAACUGGCUUUUUUUAGUGCGACCAUCCUUUUAUGAUAAACCGAUGGUCGUAACCGAGCUGGCUGUGGCGAGCACAUGGCUAUUAGGCCUGGGUUCGAAACUAUAUCCCAGCAACAUGCCGCGCAUGCUCAGCAAAAAUCUUACUCCAAUCAUGCAGGGUAUUUCACGAGUAACCCAAAAUCAAGCAAGAGAAAGAGAGGCUCCGCUGGCAGCCGGGUGUAUAAGAAGUGUCUCGGGGCUUGUAAUGAAGGGAAUCGGAUCCCAGAAUCCGGGAAACAUUUGCUUGUGGAAUCCGGAAUGCUAGGCUUUGGAAUCCGGAAUGCUAGGCUUUGAAUCCGGAAUACACCUCAAGGAAUCCGGAAUCCCACUAACCGUUGAAAUCCAGAAUCCAAGUUCCAAUGACAAAGACCUGAAUCCAGUACCUGAAAUCAGGAAUCCACGGCGUGGAAUCCAGAAUCCAAGACUGUCUCGGAUUCGCUUACAUAAGGCGAAGUGCCAUGAAAGAAAAAAUUCAACUGUGUCAGUAAUUUCAGGCUUUAGUAUUUGACUAACCGCUUUUUAGAAAUCAUCAAACUAGUGCUACCACUUUGAACAUAACCAUUAUGUUUUCUCUAUUGCUACUCUUUGCUUUAACUGGAAAACUUUGUAGUUAUCCUAAUGGUGGCUCGCUAAAAUUUAAAACCGAAGUAGACGAUUGUCAUAUCACAUCGUUGACCUCUAAAAUCGUCUUUUCGCUUAUUAUUGUUAAAAAGGAUUCGAAUUCCGGCUUCAGUUGAAAUAGUAAUUCAAAGUCAAUUUUCAUAAAAGUAGAGAGAUCCCACUAUAGGGCAUUAGGGUGACUAACAUAAACUUCGAUUCCUCAAUCUUGAACAUUUGAGUUAUACUUCUUAACGUCGGUUCUAUAACUUGAGUGUGAAACCCAUGGCUCUGCAUUUCGAAACUCCAAGCCAUCCAGACUAUGCGAAUUAAUGUCCUGAUAAUGGAAAUCCAUGGUUUUAUCUCAAAUAGAGAUUUUCUAAUUCUAUUUCUAUUUGAAACCAGGAAGACUCACAUGAGAAAAUUUAUAUCCAUUUGUAUGACGUCGCAUUUCACAUUUGGGAAUCAAAUUCAACUGAUCAAGGGCAUUAGAUUUUCCUCAUUUUUUAAAAUGAAAUGAGACGUUUAAGCCAGGCCUAACAUCAGUACUUCUUUAGGAGAAACUUGAAUUGGAUAAAAUUUAUAAGUUCAUUCGUCAACUUUGUGAUCUUGAUUUUAAUUUGUUUAUUUACAUUUACGUCAUCAGGAUGGGGGAAAAUCAAACAUCCGGGAAGUUCUCAUCCCAUUUUGCAACAAGCAAUGAUGCCACCCAUCGACAACGCCAAAUGCAAACAGAGGAUUCAGGCGUCAGGAGGUAUGUAACCCAAGAAUCAUUAUAAUCAUUAUAAUCAUCAUCAUCAUCAUCAUCAUCAUCAUCAUCAUCAUCUUUGUCUUCGUCGUCGUCAUCGUCACUGACUCAGUUACAUCAGUUUUAAAGGCGAUUUGUUAAACUACUUCCUUCUAAUAAAUAAAUGAAUUUGGAUUUAAUGGAUAAUUCUAGCUGAUUCUUUUUUCUAUUAUUAUUUUGUAAUUAUUUUUUUAUACAUUACUGUUAUUUUCUCCUUUUUCUUUCAAAUUUUUUGGCUAAAUUGUCUCGUAACUGGAAAGCCCUUUUAUGGAAGCGUGUAUGUAUGUCUAGCCGAUUUUUUGAAAACCAGCUUAAAGAAAUUUGCUCGUCAUUUGAGUCAAAAGGCAGGUUUUUUGCGCCUGAUAAGCUCCGCAAUCACACUAACGAGGGAGAAGAAAAAGAAAGGGCGAGGAGGAAGAAAGGAGGAGAAGAGAAAAAAAGCACAUUCGAGAUGUCAGCAUCAUCUUAAUUAUCAUCAUCAUCAUCAUUAUUUUGAUUAUUUUCUAUUCUAUUUCAAGGUCCUCAUUAUCAUUAUCGUCAUCUUUAUCAUUGUCAUUACUAUCAUUGUCAACAAUAUAUAAGUUUAGCCAAGGCUACAGGCGAAGCUCGUGUAAAUAAAUUUAGAAUUUACUUCAAACAAAGAUGAAACUCGUAACCAUUGCUAAGAAAUCCACUUAAAGUUUAGCUUGCGAUCAAACUAGUAAUUUGUCAGCAAAGAACGCGCAACCUCGAUGGAUCGACAGCUGAGCCCACAAUACGGUCAUAUGAUACCGGUCAGCGGAUACCCUGUCUUGACAGCUUUGUACUUUCCACAACAUGGAUUUGUGCAAUAUGAUCAGGUUGCUGGUUUCCACACUAGCUAGAAAGUGUGACAUUUCACAUUGGUUUUCCUGUCGUGGGGACGGACGGCUGGGACGGGCGGGCUGGCGGGCGGUAACGGGGUUACCAAAAUUUCUUGAAUGGAUGGAUUACCAAAUUUUCUUAACUAUGGAGCUUCGCUCGCGCCCGCUUCGCGCGCGCGUGGAGCUCCGCUAUCAUUGACAUUAUCAUUCCAAUGAUCAUGAUCAUAGGUUAUUUUUGAUGAGGAAGGGGGGCUAUCGCCUGCCGGACACCAUACAACGGCGUUCAUUCUUAAAUAUUCAAUUUUCAUCCUGUAUUCUUUGUUUUCGUUUUUUCUUAGUUUCAAUAGCUUUUACCUCGCAAAUGCUGUGCGCCGGAGUGGAAAAUACCAUUUUAAGUGGUUGCCAUGGUGACAGUGGAGGCCCGUAUGUGUGUCUAAAUGCCGAUGGGAAAACGUACACUCUUCACGGAGCAGUCAGUUGGGGAUCUGGACGAUGCGAUGCCAAACAGUUGUUCACUGUGUUUGCACGAGUGACUCAAUUCCGAGCUUGGAUAAAAACUCAUACCGGCCUUGGAGGCGGGGGAGGAGGUUACGUGACUUUUAGUAUAUGUAGCUAAUUAUCUUCUUUUGCGUCUCGUGGGAUUCUUUAUUGAGGCAGACCUUAUUCAUGAUACCCGCCUUUUUUGCAUGCGCCUUAGGAUUGAUGGGAUAGAAACAAUGUCAAGUGGUACUCCUGAAGGCAAGCAAGUGAAAAACAUUGCUACGACUAAUCGCCCUGAUCAAAGCGACACGCUGCAUGCAUUUUAAAGGAAGCAAUUCCAAAGCUAGAUUAAUUGCAUCUAUAAGUAGUGUUAUUUUUUUGAUUGUUCCGUGAUGUAACAUUUUUCGCGCUUAUUUUAGGUGGUACUCCGCCACCUCCCGGAACACCUGCACCACCGACAGGUUGCAAUGGAGGUAACGUCCGUUCGUUUGAGACUUUAUUACAGUGUAUAGCUUAAACUAGAAUUUCGUAAAGUCCUUAAUUUUUUUCCUGGUUGGUUAUGCCAUUUUAAAGGACGCGAAAUUUGCCGAUCAAAAAUUCUACCGGUGACGACAUGAAAAUUGACCAAUAGGACAGUGAGUGAUAUUUCACGCCAAUCCCGAUAUAGCCAUGUCAUUCAUUGUUUUCCCGCGUGAAUUUAAAAUAUAAUUCAAAUCCAUUUAGGCGAAACAGGUCGACCUCGAGACUUCGUCGCUCGCUCGCUCGCUCGCUGUGCGACAUCAUGCAUUGAAGCUCACUUCGCUCAAUUAAAAAAAAUUUAUAAUUCGCUCAUUCGUUCCCACUAAAAAGUCCUAAGUUUUCAGGACUACACUCGCCGAGCGAUCCCCUCACCUUUAUGAGCCAAUUCUGUACGAUACUACAAGCCUGAAGCAUCCGUCCUUGGACAUGUUCACUGCACAAAUUUUGAAAAAUUAGCAGCGUUUUACUCUUUUCGGUUUUGUUGUGCGGGAUUCGUAUUCUAAAUCUGAAAGUGACCGUAAAGGAUAAGCUGAAGGGAACUUUUCCUAAUUUCAAUAACUAACUCAGACCAUUUUUGUAGGUUCAACUGCCAUGCCUGUUACCCCACCAACACUAAUUAAAGGUGAGAAUCUCUAAUCGGCUUACUUUUGCCUUUUUCCAGGAACCAUUUUGUCAUAUUGAAGAAUUCUGCGUUGUGACUGGCAAGCUGAUUUUCCUAUAGAAUAUAUUCAGGAUAUAUAGGCCACUCGGGGAACGGAUCGUCUGGUUUUCAAUUUAAUGUUUGGGCCAUAUGAUAAACCCAUGUGAUAAACUCUUUAUUAACCAAGUGUUUUCGGAGUCAAGAUGGCUCAAUAUUAGCUUCAAUCGAACGUUCUUCUCAGUUUGUGAAUUCAUGAAAUUUUCGUUGCAGUCCGUAAGAGCUUAAGAAAACAUAUCAACAAACAAACCAGCAAACAAACAAACUUUGUCAGUAUAUGCAGUCUUUUUGACUGAACAGGCUGAUGGUCAAUAGCUGACCUGUUAUUUAAACUUUAAUUUCCAUUUGUUUAGCAUUUAGCUGCAACUUUGACCAGGACAUGUGUGGCUUUACGCAAAGGACAGAUGAUAAAUUUGAUUGGUCUCGUAGAAGAGGACGGACUCCUUCAUCUAACACCGGACCGUCCGCAGAUCAUACCUCUGGAAAUGGUAUGUAGUUUGAUUGAUACUCAUGGCUAGCGAAAAGGAGGGAGAGAGUAAACAAGGACAGGGGUUGUUGCUCUAGGACAGCCUGCUAUAGAUACAGUCGAACCUCUUCACAAAGGGAAUUUUGGGAACAGGAGAAACUGACUGUUGUAGAGAGGCGGUCGUUUAUGGGGCGGUAGAGGUGUAAUAUGACACAUGAGUAAGGUGACUCUCUCGAUUGCGCUUGUAGAGAGGUUAUUUUGGCAGUUGGGUGGCGCCUUUUUGUGGCCGUUGCCCCGUUUGUAAAGCGGUCUAAACAAAAGUCAAUGUCUGGACUGUCCGCCGGGACAAAAAAUAAAUGGCUGUUAGUUGAGGUGCGAUUGUACUCGUGAAUUCGAAACUAACAGAAUUGUUAUUUAUGAUGUUUCGUCGCAAAAUGUAAUAGUACUGAUGCAAAAGUGCAAUAAAAUUAUCUCGGCAGAAUGUAAUGCAUGCCAAAUGUGAAAUGCGAAAACUUGGACGUAAAAUGCGAUAGGUAUUUAACGAACAAUGUAGCAACUUUCCAACGAGUAUAACUAGCUCCUUGAACACAAAAUGUAUAUAAUAACUCUUUAGUGACAUAAUAUCAACAGAGUGCUGGAACUUGCUUCUUCGGAAAUAUCAGUGUUAUAGAUGAAUGGACGUUUAUCUGGUGUACAGGUUCUUUUUGUUAAUAAUUCCAAUGAACUACGCGUCCCCAUUCGCUAUGGGACUUGCAAAAUAACCAGCAAAUGAUAAGACCUCAGACUCAGUUUAAAAUCAAGGAAUAAGAAUCAGAGAGCUACAUCGUCUUCCACUCAAGCACGUUGAAAGUGUCGCGUUGUUUCAAAGAGUAGGCUGUGUCUGGAAUAUCUGGGUACUUAUAGACUACUUAUGCAUUUGAUAGUCCGAUAUUAAAUACCUGGUAACUUAUUAUUUAAUUAUCUAACCCCAGUAAAUCGACACUAUAGCCUGAUGAAGACCUGCUGCAGUAUGCUGCCGGAGAGGGAAGUACUCCCUAUAAUGGCCAUUACGGGGACUAGGCUUCGCCCGGAACGGGUACCAUUUUCAGGCUUCCGUCGUAAAAAAGGGCAGGGAUUUCACCAGCUAAAGUAUAAGAAAGGAAAAUCUCUCAUUGUGGGUUGUGAGAGGACCUCUGAUUUAAGGGCUAACAGGUGCCUUCUAUGGCUGUGCAAAAGACAAGAAAACUUCCUGGUUCAGUGUGAGUUAUUCAUGCAGUUUAGAAACUGGUGCAUUUACAGCAGUUAAUAAAAGGAAUUCAGCGUUCUAAACUAGUUUGUGUAGAUGUACUAUUUUCCGAUGAAAGGUAUACGAAAGGCCGGGCACCUUUCCUGUCAAAAACGGUACAUAAACAGCUGCAUAAAAAUGCAAGGAGUUGGACCUCGGGUUCCCCGAAUGAAAUUUUGUUGAUUAUUCCAGGGUCACGAGGUCGACGCCUAGCAAAGUGACUACGUGAGACUAGCGAUAAACAAAACUUAUUAUACACCUAACACGAUGAUCAAUAUCUUUCGGGACAUGUUUAACCUCCUCGGCCUUUUUGUCUACACCUCCGGCUUCGUACUUAAAAUGUUUACACCAGCCUGUAUGCCUAACAUAAUGCGUUAGAGGAGUUAAUCGUUACAUUUUACGUUAAGUACUUUAUUACAUCAUCCGUCGAUAUUACUACAUUUUGCGGCAUAACAAUGUGCACUAAUGAAUCAUAACCGAACCUACACACCUCUUUCAUGUCAUGCAUGUUCUUAGAUUUUCCAGAGGUUACUGAUCAUAAUUAUAAGAGAACCUACACACCUCUUUCAUGUCAUGCAUGUUCUUAGACUAGCGGAAUUUUCCCUUAUUUUCCUUACCAUAACAAUUUACAGCCAAUGGAAUAUCUCCAAAUGGAAAGUUAGGUUUCCUGUCUAAGUAAAGAAAAAAAGAAGAAAACAACGACAGCAUUUACCAUUUGUCUGAAAUCUCAUUGAGGAUGGAUCAAAACUGAGUUCAGACAGUUACAUCAAGUGCCAGGCUUCUAGUAUUCCUCAAAUAUACUACUUACUUGCAAACUGUUUUUUUCCUCAAAAGGGUAUUAUCUGUACAUAGAGGCUUCUUAUCCUAGAAGACAAGGGGACAAGGCUCUCCUAAUCAGUCCUCAGCUGCCAUUUAGCGGGGACAUGUGCCUUUCUUUCUAUUAUCACAUGUACGGUUCGAAGAUGGGAGUUCUUAACGUGAUAGUUAAUGGAAAAGUCCUCAUUUCUCUGUCUGGAGAUCAAGGUAACAAAUGGAUAAAAACGAUGAAAACCAUCAGCGGGGUCACUGGAAAAAAAGAGGUAAAUACAUUUUUUUCCUGCUGUGUACUUUAGGCGGAGCUGACAGAGUCCCAUAGCUAAGAAAAAUUGGUUAUCUGUUUAUCCUAGAAAAUGUGGCAGGCACGUCAACUGUACGUCCUUUUUUAGUCCAUCCACCCGUUCUCCCGCACCCUGGGAAACCAACCUGAAAUUUCACACUUUCUAGCUAGUGUGGUAGCCUGCAACCUGAUAUUGCACAUCUAUGUUGCGGUCAAUUGACUGCUAUCAAAACUUGGUAUCCGCUGGUUAGAAUGACAUGCCAUAUUGCCGGCUCAGGUGUCAAUCCAUCGUGGUUACGAGUUGUUGUUCAGUGGUUGUUGUUGUUUUUUUUUAAGUUGUCCGCUCACAAGUUACUAGUUUUCAACUGAUCGUAGCCUCAACUCCUGGUGGAUUUCUUUGCAAUGGUGUUACAAGCUUAUUGUUUGAAAGAAAUCAUAAGUUUGUUAACGGGAGCUUCGCAUUUACCCUCGGCUAAAUCGAUGUAUUAGAUUCAAUCCAUGUAUAAUAGCUACCGUAGCAUGAUGAACGAAGAGCUUGACUACUCUGGCGAUAGCUUGCGAAAACAGAAAUUUUUUUCCUGAAUGUGGAAACGGUCCUCAAGAAUGCAGUGUUAAAUAUUUGGCAACAAAAUGGACACGAUAAAUGGUUCAGGGGAAUUGCAAUGCAGUUUCGCUGCUUGCUGUCGCCAAAGUAGCCUUCGAAAACAGCCGUUUCUCCUCGCUCGUCGCCAAUGGGGGACGUUUCGGUAGGAGGAAAGUCUAUUAAAUUUAUCAGCGUCUCUCUCGCAGAUCAAUUAAUUGAUCUGGUGGCCAUGCCACUGACAAAAUAAUCAUGAUGUUUUGCUCAACUUUCUCGACCCCUCCUGAACAUGACCCUAAAAUGAUAUAUUUUUUCUUACUUUCAGGUUGUAUUCGAAGGAAUAAGAGGGCCAAGUUUUACAUCUGACAUAGCAAUUGAUGAUUUCUCACUGGCCCCUGGGGCUUGUGGUGGAGGUUAGUGUAGUGGUGGAGGAAAUCCACUUAGGAAUGACAGGUCAGAAAAAAUCCAGCAAAAUGCUGAUUUCCUGACCACAGUUUUAAAAUCAAUUUAUUUCAGCAUUUUUUUUUGUCCAUAUAUAGCAUAUAGCUAACACGUAGGAAAAGAAACCUGUUGUAGUUUGUUUCCGCCAAAAGAGAAUAUCGGUUUGAAAGGUGUUUUUAAGAGUCAAAAUUGGCAAAGAUUUCAAACCUGCAAUUAGUUAUUAAAAACACUUUUUGCGUUCACAAACAAAAUACCGCGUUGGGUCUUUUCUAAAAACAAAAAACACUUUCUAUCUUUCACUAUAAGAAAUGAUACUUUAGGGUGCGUGAUACUCGCUAAACUGACGAAAUUCGAAAAUGAGAGAUUUACCGGCAGUAUCAGUAACAAUCAUUAGCAAUUAAUGAAUGAGGCUGAGUAGGGUAUGAGAAUUAUGCAGAUCGAAGUGGAUGACACCCUCAAAAUGAUUCCAAGUUCAAAAACAUUGAGACGAGUAAAAUGUUCCUCAAUAACUCACUUCGAAAGCAACUCAAACUCGUCCCAGGUCUUCUCGGUUAACGGUUCAAUAACCUGCAACUUUGCUGCACUCUUGACGUCAUCGGUUUGAUAUGGCAAAAUUCUUCCAAAUUUGGUCGACAGUCGCUGGUUAUAAUGAAUUAUGCCUGUGAUUUUAUCCAAUCAGAGACGGAGCAAUAUUUUGAAUGAAUAAUAAUGUGCAAUACAACUCGACCUAGUGAAAUAACACAUUUAUCAAACAUUCAUCUCGAAUACCUAGUUUAAAUUGGUUGCUAUACAAAACCUUAUAAUUUGGCGUCGAGGAGUCUUUAGUGAGCGGCCCGUUUACAAUGCUACUGUAAAUGAGAUAAGGUGAGCCGGGGGCCCCGCUGAAUAUGAGUGUAGACGUCAGUUUGUUUUUGGCAACAAGUUAAAUGAUUACUUAGUAAUAUACAGUACUGUUAUUGAAGAGUUCACUGAAAAACGGCUUUAUUUAAUUUUGAUAUGUUUAGUUUGACGACGAUAAUGUCCUGUUUCAUUUCUUCAGCGUUUUGUUCCAAAAAAGGUGUAUUUUUAAAUAAAAAUAAAUAAAUAAUUGCCGUGCGCGAAAGAUCCUAGGCAGAAUGAAUCUCAAAGCCAUGUAACGUAAGGUAGUGUAAGGUAACUUUUAUGACUUAAUGCAGAACGGGGAAUAUAAGAAAAAUAUGCUAUGUAAAGUAUUUCAAAUUCUUUAGGCAGUAGAACAGUUUAGUUCACCAUUUUCAAGGUAGUUUUUGGUCAUGCAAUUGAAUUGAGUUCAAAAUAUUUUACCCAACUACACGUGCACUGCCUGUUUAUGCUGCUAAGAGAAAAUAAUAAAUAACGCCGCAAAAUUUAUUGUGUUUCUUGUACUAGUUUGCACUUAGCGAUGGCCAUUCAGGCUAGUAACAUAAAUAAAUAAAUAAUAACAUGACCCACUGAAUACUCACUGUGACAUUAGGGACUUUCAGAUCCAACGACGCGACGGCGACAAGAACGUCGCUUAUAAAGUGAAUUUGCGUUCUUCAGUCUUUAUAGCGAUUAUUCCUGCCCACUUACUUUGUCAAUUGUAGGCGAUCCCUCCUAAAGCUGAAUUUCAAGGGACCAAAUUCAAGCUCAGAAAGAGAAAUAAAAUUUUGUCGUUGCUUGUUUACGUCCUCAAUAAAACGCGAAAUUAGGCAUUUUCACGUCGUAGUCGUGCAAAAACGGGAAAGAAAUGUACAAAAAAGCGUGAUGCACCUGCGAAGUUGUUGUUUUGCUAAUUAAACCAAUCGUUUUUUUGACGUUCUCGUUGUCGUCCGCGUCGUUGGAUCUUAAAGUACCUAUUGUAAAAACCGACACGGUCUCCUCAGAACCCUUAUUAUAAGGGUUCGAUUGUAAGACUAGUGUCUAUAUACUCCUAGAAAUUUGACACUGAUUUGAAAGGAUACAAACUUAGUCCGCGAACUCAUUUGAUGCUUCCUUGAUGCACAAUCGGGAUCUGAAAAUAUAUAAGCAGCUUCUAAUUUAAUCAUUCAUUUACUUAUUCAUUUAUUUAUUCUAUAGCAACUCCGCCACCUCCAACCCCUCCAGGUGGGUAUACGGUAUUUAUCUCUUCAGUUGUGUUGCUGAUUGUCGACUCUUAGUAUAGUAUGUGUUAUGUUAGUUAAAGAAACCAUUCUUUAUCGAUCUUGAGCCAUUCUUUGACUAUCUCCACGAACAAAUUAAAAUUAUUGGGCGGAGGUUUUAGGGAGGUUGGGGGGCAGUUUUGGGACUCGGGGGACUCAAAUAUAAAAGGGUCGAGAAAGGCUCAUUAAAUAAAAUUGGAACUAGACUCCUAAAGAAGACGAAUCAGGGAGUUGCUCAGUCUUUAUUUAACUCCCUAGGGGGACCAAUCACCAAUACAGUAUGACAGCAUUUGUUUGUCUGUUUUAUAUGAAUGUAGCUAGUUCAAGCUACGCCACGAGACUGUAUAGCAAUAUGGGCAAUUAUAUAAAAAGUUACCGAACUCGGCAAAAACAAACCUUCUUCUCUCUCAAAAAAAAAGGAAACCGUUCGUGAACUUUUGCACCACGAUGCAUGUUUUGACCGAAAAAAAUGUUCAGCUAUCCACAUGACCGGCCGGUCUUGUCGUCAAGAACUCGGAAACCUUUAAUUGAAAAAACCGUAUAGAUAUUUCCUUGCGCAUAACCCUGAGCGAUACCUGGCUGUCCAUCCUGAUCGGCCCAAUUUAAAAUUUGCAUUUUACGGCAAUAAGCACAAAGACGAAAAGCUUCUCUGUGCUUUGUACCUUUCACUUGUUUUUUUGGGGGGGCGGACUUGCAGGUCUACAUAGUUCAUUUAAAAUAGUCUAACUGGCUAUUAGUUAUUAAUUGUGUCAUAAGGCAGAGCUAUACUUCGUUCUGGAAGUGGCAAGCUCUUCGUCACAUAAUUAAUAACAUUUUUGAAAUUUGUUUUCAAUUACAGCAACUCCACCUCCUCCAUCCCCUCCGGCAGGUAGGAGAAUCAUUUUUCUUAUAAGUUAUUAUUCUUGAUUGUAAACAGCUCGUGCUAUGCUCUAAAAAAAUAGAGCUACAUGCCUUAGUUGUAGUUCACACUGAAGAUAUGCUGAAGAUCCUCAGCGUGGGCGCUAAAAUAAAGCCGGCUGGUUGUACUGUGCCAACCCCACGUUUUUCAAUACGAGCAAAAUAACUUUGAACAUUCCAAAACAAGUUUAUUUAAAACCCGUGCUGAGUGAAUCUUUCCGGCUUCUCCUGGGGCCAGUUGCUGAAAACCUGACGUCAGAGGUAACUGUUAUUAGGGAGAUUAAGAUACAAAGACGGCGACUGCUACGAAAAGGUGACUUAAAAAGUGGAUUCGCGCUACUUCAAAGUCUAUCCCCGCCUGUUCAAUUCGUCAUAUGUUUACAAAUUUGUUGUGAGGUUGAAUUCUAAGAGACUGUAUCAAAGUUCAGGAAAAGAAAAAGAAAGUCGUUGGCUUGUGUUCACUUCCUCGACAAAACGUGAAAUUAGGCCCUUUUUUUAACUGACGACAAAGAAAUUUACCAAAAAGCGUAAAGCUUUUUUUGCCAAUCUAAGGCUAUUUUGUUUUUUUGCCUUUGUCGUUGUCAUCACCGUCGUCGUUGCUUAAAAAGCUCCCUAAUGUCGGGAGGGCGGCGGACAGGGGGUCAAAAGAACGUGCCUCUCAUACCUUGCAUUUUCGGCUUCCUCACCUUUCUUCUCCCUUUAUUCCUUUCCUGAUUCAGAAUGUUAAGUAUUAUUGUGUAAUUCCCCCCAUUUCUCCCAACAAAACUUGCAUGCUCCUGCUCUUUCCUCUCCCGCCUCCCGUACUCUUCCGGGCUACCACCCCGUUCCCUCCCCCACAAUGUCAGGUACUAAAAAAACUUAAAUAAAGAGUUUGACUGGGCUGAACGACAGUGGUUAGAAGAUACGCCAGACAUUACGUUAAUUAGGCAACUGGCGCCAGAGAAUUAGCUACUAACCCCAAGACCAGUGAACUGAAAAACUAAAUAUCUAUGGCUAGAUUUGGACAGAGCCGCCGCCAAAAUAUACAAUUGGCGACAAAAUUGUUGAGACCGUGUCCUUAAAUGAGUAUCUUCGGAGAACAAAACAAUCCACACCCCUCCCUUCCAUUCAAAGUUGGGUUGCUUUUUGUUUCUAGCUAUACAGGUAGCUCGAACAGCCGCAAGUUUUGGCAAAAUGGUAGAGAGGCUUUUUGGGGUAAAGUUUUUCAACUAAUUUUGUCAUCGAUUGUAGCUCUUCCUUCGCUAGAGUUCGUUCCGAAGAAUAUUUAAAUCAUGUUUUAACUUUCCAGGGUCUUGCGGCGUUCGUCCGGCCUCCAGAAUUGUUGGAGGUACCAAUGCUAAACAUGGUGACUGGCCAUGGCAAGCUCAAUUACGUACGACAGGCGGGUUCCCCUACUGCGGAGGAUCACUAGUACAUCCUCAGUGGUUGGUAACAGCAACUCACUGCGUUGGAGGGAAAUCACCUAGCUCUAUCGUAAUAAGGUGAAACAAAUUAAGCUAUCAUUCUCUGAAUUCAGAUCAAGCAGGACAUAAGCAUUUCAUAUCAGACCAGACAAGAACUUGAUAUUCCGGCUGUAUCAGUAAUAAAUAACAUCGAAAUCGUAGACGAAGCUCGUUUUCUAUGAUACUCAAGGGACACCUAACGACUGUUUUCGGUCAAAUAUCUGUUCGGAGAGACAAAUAUUGCCUAGACUUUUCUAUUACUUGGGGACAGCUAAAAAUUUCUAGAAGACCGUUCCAUUCAUGUACAAUUUUCGAAGCUUAUCUAGUAAAUUCCCUACGAUUUUGUGAAAUUUAGUUUUUCACAUUUCAUACCUCAGGCUAGGCUAUUUUUCGUAGGAAAAAGGAAACCCUAAAAUUUUCGGAUUCAGAAACAUGAUGGAAAGAGGAAUCAAAAAAAUUUUCACUUUCGUAAUGUGCUAAGUUGCAUCUAAAAUUUCUUGGAAAAUAAUACUAAAACCCUUGGAAUUUCGAAAAGAUUUAAGUUCCACUAGGAUGACCGAACAGAUACAAAUUUUAUAUUUAUAACUAUUUCAAAUACAAAAAAAAACUGAUGUCCUCUUGCGACUAUAGGUUGACGUAGCAGAUUAAGUCCGUUUCAUCGCGUUUUGAUUUUUGUAAAAAUUUCUUUAAUAGGCCAUUUGCACGAUGGCGUCAUUUUACUUAUUAUGACCAGAAUCCUUUUCGAUUUUCCUUUCAUAUUCAAGUUUGGUAAUCCCAGCGAGGUUUAAAUAACAAGACCCCUAAUUUGCACAACAAAGCAAAACCCUGAAGGAUUCUGGUCUUAGUAGUCAAAUGACGUCAUCGUGCAAAUGGCCUAUUAUGAAACGAAUUGAAAGCGAGGCCGUCUAUUCAUGCUUUUGCAGUUCUGAAUGUAUGCGCGCUCAUGAAAUAAACCUUUAUGGUAAUGUUGUUGUAACUAAUCUCGUAAUUAGCAGGGCAAACUUUUGACAAACUCAGUCUGAAUCGUCUCCCUGUCUCCUCGUAUUUAGCAUCCGACAUAUCCUUGUCGAUCCUUGUGGCAAAUCUGUCUUCGUCAAGUGGUUUGUAGGUACCUUCAGAUUGGAGUCGACGAUUAGAAGAUUGAACUGACGUUUCGACUAAUUUUCAAAUCAAAUUCUUGUGCCUCGUAUAAGACUUAUUGCACCAAUCUUUUCCCCAACGUUUAGAUAAUCAUGUGCUACUUUUUUAGUAAUUGAGAGAGUUAUAGCUUGGGGGAUGCAUUUGGCUCGAAUUCCAAAGUCGUACUCGUCCCUCGAUUUCGUGAUUACGCGUAGUAGAAUCUGAAGGUCGCUUGUGUUUUCAAGUUAAAAGCUGAAUACCAAGAUUGAUGCCAAGGUUGCCUUUCUCUUCUCUCUAAGGCUUUGGACAUCUCUGCUUUCUUUUUGAAACCCCUGUUAUGAUCAGUUGUUUUUAUUUUUUGUUUUAUUCCAUGCCUGUUUCAGACUUGGUGCCCACAGACGAGUAAACUCCGUUGGCACUGAACAGGAUCUUAGAGUGAGCAAAGUUAUCACUCAUCCAUCAUAUCACAAGCCAACCACGUACGGCCAUGACAUUGCGUUACUUAAAUUGGAAAAGGCAGCUCGGCUGAACAGGUAAAAUACAAUGAUAAAUCAUAAAAAAGCAAAAAAGAAUGUGAAAAAUAAAGCGUCUGCCAUGCGCGUGAAUGAACAUAAUGAUUAGGAUGUUUAUUGAUUAAGGUACAUGUAAUUAUCAACCUGCGGUUAAUUUCUUCUCUUAUUUAACAGAUAUUAUAUAUUCUACCAAAAAAAAUCUGGUUUGGAGGAUCAAAUCCACAUUUUAGAUAUUGUAAAUAGGAUUCAAGAAUAUGUGGAUAGGGGAAUGUUCUAAUGCGGCGUAGACAGAUCCGAUCAAACUCACGUUAGUUUUCAAAAGUUAGACUUUUACGAAAAUGAAAUAUAUGAACAAUUAUAGUUUACUUUACAGCUGAUCUAUGAGAUGACUCGGUACAAUUUAAAAGUAAUCGAUAGAACUGUCUUGCAACAACACUUUCAGAAAUUAAAGAGCUAAGUGUUUCUUGUUGUUGUUAUUUGUAGUUGUGAUUACUAGAUUCUUUUUCAAGGAGUGAAUUUGGUAGCACUUUGUGUCAAGGACAACAGGUUCGAUCACAAAACCACUUUCAAGCAAACAACAUUUUUGCAUGGUGACUCGGACUUAAAGUCUCAAUAAAACUCUGCUUGUUCCGUAUUUUGAAUUUUCAGGUAUGUUAACCUGGUUUGCCUUCCUCAUGCCGUAGCAGCACCUACCGAUGGCACCAGAUGCUGGAUCACAGGCUGGGGUCGACUUGCUUCAGGAGGCGCCACUCCAGAUUAUCUUCAGCAGGUUUCAGUUCCCGUUGUAAGCAGAGCCCGUUGUGAUAGAGCCUAUCCUGGAAAAAUUCACGACUCCAUGAUCUGCGCGGGCCUUGACCAAGGAGGAAUUGACUCCUGCCAGGGGGACAGUGGGGGACCGAUGGUGUGUGAAACCGGUGGAAGGUACUAUCUACAAGGCGCCACCAGCUGGGGUUAUGGGUGUGCCAGCCCUGGAAAGUUUGGCGUUUAUGCCAAGGUGAAAUACCUGCUAAAUUGGCUAAAUACCGAAAUGGCGAAGAACUAA